UGGCAUCAUUUUAUUUUCUGUCGUGAAACGAAGUAUAAGUGAGUUGUACCGAGCACAUAAAAUUUUACUGAACAGAUUUUGUAGUCAGAUUUUGAAAGCAAAAAACUAAUUUUAUUUCGUAAAGCUAUAAAAUAUUCCUUAAAAAAUGUCGCUGUUUGGUUCAUUAAUGGGAGAUUUUGAUGAUGAUAUAUUUGGAAAUCCUAUGAACGCAAUGAAUAUGCAAAUGCGUUCGAUGAAUCGUUUAAUGAAUUCAAUGAUGGCGCCAAAUCCAUUCAAUAUGUUGGCACCCAUUAAUCUUGGCUUUGAGGAUAAUGCGCUAAUGGAACGUCAUAAUCAACCAAAUCAAAUGGGGUUGUUUGGCUUCCCAGCUAUGCCAAAUAUAAAUCGUCUUUUAAAUGCUGAUUUGAAUGGUGGAGGCGCUGGUGCUUCAUAUUGUUCAAGCUCUGUUGUUACGAUGUCAUCGGGCCCUGACGGUCGUCCACAAGUUUAUCAAGCUACAACUAGCACAAAAACUGGUCCAGGCGGUGUACGUGAAACUCGCAAAACAAUACAAGAUUCAACAAAAGGUAUUAAAAAAAUGGCUAUAGGCCAUCAUAUUGGCGAACGUUCACAUAUUAUUGAAAAAGAACAAGAUUUAAAUUCUGGUCAAUUGGAAGAACGUCAAGAAUUUAUUAAUUUGGAAGAGGAAGAAGCUGAAGAUUUUGAUCGUGAAUUCACAUCACGUGCACAACGUGGUAUGGUGACUGGAGGUGCAGUGCAUCGCCCACGCCAAGCAAUAACCAUUGAAUCCGUCGACGAUGAUGAUGAUUAUGAAGAACAAAGAAACCGUCAUCGUCGACAGAUGCCAGCUUUGCCCGCACCACCAUCACACAACAGGUUAGUUUGUUAUAGAUGUUAAUAAUUGUAUGCAAUU